GCAGAGCCAAUAUCACGUGGUGAAGGUGAAAUCUUGCAGUGGAUGUCCUAGAAAAGUUCUGAAUCUCUUCUGCCUUAACCACUGUGGUGUGAAUUUGUGCAUGAGAACUCUCCAUUUACAAAAUAAGGUAACUCUGAAGAGAAAUGCCCAAUGCUGCUUCUGUUUUUUUUUACUGGAUGGAAGUAACUUGGGAGCUGAUUUGCAGUGAAUAAUCAGUGAAGACACAGCAUUUUCUGGAAUAUUGCAGGAUCUCAUAAUGAAGAUCUCUCUGCUGCAGCAGAUGUACAAGGACGUCCUGGCAGGCGUUCCCCUAGCAAGGGAAAGCCAUCAUUAUUCCUCUUUAAUUAACCUGUGUGUUGAGCAGCCACCAGAAGGAGAUGAAUCCUGUCAUCAGAAGCCUCUGCCAUCCCCUGCUGGUGGCAGUGAGAGCCAUCAGGACACUGAUAUGUCAGAUGUUGUCGCUGCAGCAGAUGAUUUAUCCAACAGCUUUGCCAACAUGAGCUCCUCGUUCUGCCCACGAGAGGUGAUGCUGCUGCAGCUCACCUUGAUCAAAAUGAUGCUGGCCAAAGCACAGUCCCAGGAAAUUGAGCUCCACACGAGACAGCAGUACUGUGAAAUUUUUGUUCUUCUUCUGAAGGAGGCAAAAAUUGACUCAAAAUUGAUUCACCUGCUUGGCUGUGAUGAUCGGCUGUUAUCUCACAUGGCCUCACAGAGUUUAGCCUCUCUUGUGUAUUUCCAGCUGAAGGAAGAGGACGCGCUCAAUGCCCGGUGGCUGCGCUCCAGCCUGGGCGCGCUGCUGGGGUUCCCCGGGAGCGCCGGGGUGCCCGGGUGCCUGCGGACCCUGACCGCGAUCCUCAAGGAGACGCUCAAGGACGCGCCCGGAGCCGCAGCAGGUGUUCUGAAGAAGUUGCUGGCUCCUCUUGAUGCGGUGCUGGAGGGAUUUUAUAAUGCCAUCCUGCUCCAUCAUUUUGACAGUCACCACUACACUUCACCUUAUUCUGAAGCUGCAAACACUCUGAUCAGUUUUAUAGAUCUGCUUGAAGCACUUUUGGCUUCCAGAAUGGAACUGGAAUUACCGCUCAGGUGCCAGAGAAUUUUAUUUUUGAAAGUUUCUUAUGUCCUCAACAUUAUUAACUCAUCAAUUCCUUAUGUAAUCAAGAAGAAAUUCAUUUUGCUCCUUAAGAAAUGUGUCCUUUACAAGUCCAGAGAAGAUGCUAAGAGUGGAUCACUGUUUUUACAAACCCCAUCUUUGUGUGAGGACAUGCUUGCACUGAGUAAUGCUGUUCUGCAGGUUGUGAAUUUGAGUUGGCUUAAUCAGAUCCCACUCAGUGGCAAGUCCAGCUGCUUUGGGAGCAGUGAAGCUGCUCCUGGACACGAUUCUCAAGGUGCUUCUGACCAAACCGUUCUCAGAGCCUUGAGUCUGGUUGUGCUUAAAGCACUGGAAUUCAAGAUUCACAACUCUGCAACAGAAGCAGAAAUCAAAGGAGACUUUGAGAGUUCCAUGUGCCAGCUGUUGAUGUUCUGGAGGAGUCAUGGAAAGCCCUCCCCACAGUCUCACCCAGCUGUGCAUCCCUGUGAAUGGCUCUCCUUGGUUUUCAUGGAGCAAGAUGAUGACAUGUGGGAAGCUGCUAAAGCUUUAUUACUCAUCUAUUUAAAAUUUGAUAGGUUACAGUGUGAUGCUGCAGAUAAGCCAAGCCAAAAAGAGGAGGAAUCCAGGAAGUUCCUUGUGCAUGCAGGUGGAUAUAACCCACAUUGUAUCUUUCUGUUUUUUCUGGAAAAGAUUGCGUUUGAUUCCACAGUACUUCUAGAUUUUCUGAUUUCAUCGGAGACUUGCUUUCUGGAGUACUUGGUCAGGUACUUGAAGCUCCUUGGGAAGGAGUGGCAGCAGUUCGUGGAUGUCUGUACCUAUUUCGAUUCCAGGCACGGCACUUUCCGUUCUGUCAGGCCACCCCACCGAGAAGAGCGAAGCUGCCUGAGCGGGGAGAGUUUGCCAAACGCUGUUUGUGAGACAGAAGCGCGGAGUGCGAUGUGUUCGGCUCCUUGUCACAAUUGCCCGGUGUUUACAGCGCAGCAGGGUGAUAAUGGGGCUGCGGCGUGGAACCGCUCUGACUCACUGACCGCCGCUGAUAGCGCUGCCCUGCUCGGUGCUCUUCAAAGCCUGGUUAAUUAUGACAGCUCAGAGGACUCGGAGGUGGAAUCAGAUGGAAAAGAGUGCUUGGUAAACACAAAACAAUCGCCUUCAAACAAUGAGGGCGAGGUGAGGAGGAGGGAAACUGGUUGCAGCUGCAGAGACGAUGACCAGAAUCCACGAACAUCUCAAGUGUCGCCUCCGAAACCCAAGGGAUGUCCUGCCUCAUCCUGUUGGACUUGUAUGGCCUCUUCAGAUAAGAUUGCUCCCCUGAGAGUAAUGCUUUACAAAUCAACCAAGUGCUUGGAGGAGCUGCAAGAGGCUAUUUCUAGGUUGCAGAGAAGGAAUCUUUUCCCAUACAAUCCAUCUGCCUUGUUGAAACUGCUGAGCCACGUUGAGAAAAUGAGUAAAUCUAUGAAUCCACAAUAAUCCAAAGUGCUCUUGUGGGUUUUUUAACAAGUUCACUGAGGGAAUUUUUUCAUGAGAAUAAAGACUUCUAAAACUCCUGACUCUUGCACUGGUCAGUGCAUUUAAGCUCAGGCAGGGUCAACAUGGAUUUGGUUGGUACCCUAAAAAUCUGAAAUUGCAUCCAGUGAUGUGAUCCAUGACCUGAGGGUCCUAAGCUCAUUCAUUAUGUCAAUGCACAGUAUAAAAGGAUUAGUUGUUGGAUAUUCAACAUUUUAUAAUAAUAACUCAUGUGAAAGCAUUUCAAAAGUAUAUGAUAUUUAAGGUAUUGUCAAUUACACUUAAAGUCAUUCUGUUCUUGAGUUCGUUGCCAGAUUGGUAGUGGAUUAUGGACUACAGGCAAAGUUAAUGCAACACUUGACUGCUUAGAAAUUGGGCUAAAUAAAAUAAUAUAGUUGGGGACAGUUUACUGUUUAUCCUGUGUGUUCUGCAUUGGUGCAUUGCUCAAAGUGGACCUUCACAUGUCUAUAUUCCUUCAAUUAAAAGAAAAGGUAGAUGUGAAAUUAAAACAAAUAUUGUCUAUGGAAAACUUUAGCUGAGCAUUAUAUCUUUAAUUAAGCUUAGGUAAUGCAGAAGUGACAUUCCAACAGAAUUUUUUGUAUCCAUUAUGCAUUUCCUAGAAAUAUAGGAUGUGUAUUUAAUAAAUUGGAAUCAGAAAGAAUUAGAAAGUAAGUGACUUCAGUGCAGUGGGACAGAUACUGAAGAUGUUGAAUUAUUAUACUUAUAUCUUUUAUUAGAUGUGCUUUGAAUAACCUGAACAGUAAGUGUCUGAGAGUUUGCCUGGGGGAGUGAGUUCAGAGCAGGAUCUGAGGCAGCUUAACCUGCAGCUUGGAAUGAUCUGCCAGGGGUUAGGCACUGGGAAAGUACUGACAACAGAAGCACUGGAAAAAACUCAGACCUCUUCAGAGGGAAGCAGCUUUCCUUUUAGAACCUUCUCUUGAAGGUAAGUGCUGUGUUCUCACUGAGAACAAGUAAGUGCUCUCUUCCCUUUGAAUAGAAAUUUUGUGUUAAAUAAAUGCUGAGCUAAGAUGAGCAGUCUCUGGAGCAGGUUGCUGAUCUUCAGUCUCUGUGGCCAUCUUCUAUCUUAGUCUUUAGCCCUGAACUGGUGAAUCAAUGCAAUUGGGAGAGGAAGAAAACUGGGUGUAGCUUAUGGGAUCCUUUAGCUGCCAGUUCCAGAGCCCUCCAGUUCCACUGGAAUGGUAUAAAUUCACAGACAGGGAGGUUUGCCCCUCAGCCUUACUCCUUCGGGAUGGCAGCAGUAUUUUAGGUAGGAAGGAGUGAUCCUCUUCCCUGGCAUGAAGGAGAUCUGAAUGUUCUGGCUGUUUGCUCCACCAUGGUUUCUUCCUGGGAUCAGGACAGCUGUCGUGCACAGGGCUGGGUGGGAAUGUCAAGGAAUGGAAACCUUUCCAUUCAUGCCUGCAGUUACUGGAGUUAAAAACUAACCCUAGAGUUGUCCAGGGCAGCAACAUGCCUGGCUUCUCUUCAUGUUUGAGCUCAGUUAUGCUGUAGCUGCUGAGGUGCUCAUUUCUGUCAGGAUAAAAAUCCCUCUGGGCAUGUUCAGAGAUGCAGCUCCAGACAGCUCGGGAAUUUUUCAGUUCAAACACAGGAAAUGCCACACAGGAGGUGCUUGAGCAAGAAUUUCUCAAGUUCACAACUUUCAAAGUAGGUAGGUACUUAUAUUUCAGAGAAAUCCUUUCCACUAUCCUCAUUCCUUUUCUAAUUAGCCUUUGCUGACUAGUUUAUUUUAGUUGAGUAAUUCCAUUGUUUGCACUGAACAUGGGAUUGUUCAGCAUUUCCUGGCAUACACUUUGCCAGUUGGAAGUAUCUAAAUUGGAGCAUUAUCUCUGACACUGAUAUGAUAAGCUGAGUGGGAAAGGUAGAAUGGUGGGAUAAUUUUGGGUAUGUCCUAGUCUUAUUUGUCAGGGAUUACUCCGAUUUAUAAGCUUUUAUAAAGAGAUUAGACAUCUCAGAAACAGUGUGUAGGACGUAGCAAGAAAUGUAGGAGCCCAUAGCCUGUUUUUUAAAUACAGCAAAUCCAAUUGCAUUGCAGUUGUAUUUAAUUCUUACAGACGUGAGGCUGAUUGUGUGCCCACCUGGUUAUUAGAAGUGGUCUUUCCUACAUGUUUCCCUUGUCAGAAAGCCGUUGUUUGAAUUCUCAGAAGGUUUUAGUUGUAAAAGUGGGUAAAAAUAGUUUGUAUCUGGCAAUUAGAUACCUUAAUGUGUUGCUGUUUUACCAUUUAUGACCUGAGAUGGAGUUAAAUUGAUGAGUUAAGGGGGUUUUUUUGCACACAAAUUUUGGGUGAGCCAUGAAGGUGGAUUGGAGUUCUUUGGCUUUAUUGAGAAAACCAACCACAAAAAAAAGCACCUUGCUAAAUAAUUUGUAUUUUAAUCAAUUGAUGAGUAUAGAAAGGGGUUUGGUUAGAUUUUGGUUGGGUUUUCUCAAUGAUACAAACUUUUUAGGCACAGCUGUUAUUUCAUGUGCUAGAGCAAAUUAACUCAGCAGCAGAGCCUGUUACCAAUGUUAAGUUGAACUUGGGAAUUAGGUCAGUGAUUACCAGGAGAUCAAUGUGCCUUUGCUUUGGGUAUUGAUAGCUGUCACCUUUUCUUGUAUUAUUUCAAAGCAAGGCACAGAACAAAUCAGGUGACCUGUGUGGAGACAAGUUUUCUAUCUGCUGAUUCCUGAAAGGUUCACAGCUUGCCAAUAAUCAGUUGUUUGGUGGAGUUUACCUUCAACAUCAGUAGAAUAAAUUAAGCUUUAAUGAGGUAAGCAGUUAGCACCAGAAGUUACUUGCAGGAUUUGCUUUUUAAAAAGAAUAUUUUUUAACUUUAACUGAAUGUUUGUAGAGCUUCAUUGCAGCUACAGCUGAAUGCAGGUGGUUCCACAAUUGUGGUUCUUCAAACUGGAUUUUCUCCAAUAUUUUUAUGGCUGCUUUCCAUUCUACUUUUAAGACUUGUAGUACAAGUUUUAAUCCUGUAAUACAAGAAUAAAAACCAACCCUGGGAACCUCUAUUCCUGCAGUAGCCUUGUAAAGCUGGGAAGAGGGAGCCUUGGCUGUUCCCUGGUUUAUCACUGUAGGAUAAACUUUGUUUGUACUUCUUCCAGAGUCAGUCUGGGAUGGUUUCUGAAGUCAGUAUCAGGGAUUUAUCACAGUGUCAGUAGGAGUGAAAAUAUUGUGGUGAUAACAAUGUUACUUCUGUGUAUUCUCCCUCAGAGUUAUCCUAAAGAGUUUGUAAAUUCUUGCUGUAUUUUGUUCAGCCCUUCUGGGCCACCUGGUUCACUCUGAAACCUUGUUAGAAGGCAGAAUGGAUGGCAGGCAGUGUUUGGCUGUCCCUGCCUCCACAGCAGGCAUGGACCUGGACUUGGUUAAGAAACAUCUCAGGGAUUUAAGCUUUUCUAUGUCAUUAUCCUCUUAAAUAUUGCGUAAAUGAGUUUAUUGCUGAUAACUGACAGAGAUGCUCUUUAAUGGAGCAGCUGGUUUGGUGCUGGCUUACAUCAUGCAUGGAAGGAAUAAAAUAUAUUUUAUGGUAAAAAUCUCGCAUGCAGAAUUGCAAUAUCCUUAGUUAUUUGUAGUUCCUACUUUCCCUUCUGCAAAACAUGAUUUUCCCCAGUCAGCAGUGUUUUUUUAGGGGGGAGAUUUGAAAAAAUGAAUUGUUGGAAAAACAGCACACACAACCUCAAAAGUGAGCACUGCUGAACGUUGGCUUCCCUAAAAUUUGUAGGGAAGGUUUGCAGGUCCCUGCUCUGAAAUUGUCAGGAAUUGUAGCUGGUAAUUGGAGUUGUCAAAGUAUCUACCCUAUCUCAUCCUAGUUCUUGAGAGUUAAAAAUGUAUAUUUUCUGUGGCACGUCAAAGAAGUUCCAAAUGCCCUUAGCAUCUGGAGGAAGUAAUAGUCACAUAUUAAUACAUGAAUAAUAAUUUGAAGUCUAUUUCACAAAGGAAUGUAUAUUGAUUAAGUAAAAAAG